AUGCCGCCACGACAUUUGACACUUCCAUCGGCGCAGACCGCGUCGGCACGUGAGGCACAGAAGUCCUUCUACUGCCAGCUCUGCUCUAAAGGCUACUCUCGUAUGAAUGACUACGAAUCCCAUCUCAGUAGUUAUGAUCACAGUCACAAACAGCGUCUCAAGGACAUGAAGGCCAUGGUCCGGGACCCUAACGCAGGCUCUCGUGCACGCAAGGCAGAAGCUAAAGCCGAUGGCCUCAUCAGCAUCAAGCUCCCCGGCCAAGAAACCGCUACUACUGGGGGUGGAGGCUUCAAGAAAGGCGGUUUCAAGAAGAGUGGCUUCAAGAGCGCUUUUACGAAGGUCGAGGGUAGUGGAGAAGCGACAACACCAGCCGAGAAAACUAAGCUGGUGGUUGCACCCGAAUCGACACCAAUUAACCCCGGUCUUCAGAAGAAUCUAUUACCAGAGAGUGACACUGAAGACGAAGGCUAUGAGGCCUACAACCCUCGAUUUCCCACGGAUUAA